GGAGCCGGCCGAUGGCGGCGGCGGCGGCGGUGGGGCCGGUGAGGGGAUGGAGGGCGGUGAGCCGGGCGGCGGCGGCGGGGGGCUCCUGCAGCAGAUCCUCAGCCUCCGCCUGGUGCCCCGCGUGGGCAACGGCACCACCACCUACUCCAGCCCGCUCUCCACCUUCCCAGAGAUGUGGUACGGCGUCUUCCUGUGGGCCCUCGUCUCCUCCCUCUCCUUCCACGUCCCGGCAGCUUUGCUAGCGCUCUUCACGCUCAGGCAUCACAAGUACGGCAGGUUCAUGUCCGUGAGCCUCCUGCUGAUGGGCAUCGUGGGACCCAUUACCGCCGGCAUCCUAACAAGUGCUGCCAUUGCUGGAGUUUACAGAGCUGCGGGGAAAAAAAUGAUUCCCUUUGAAGCCCUCAUUUUUGGAGUGGGCCAGACAUUCUGCGUGGUGGUGGUUUCGUUUCUACGGAUUUUAGCCACUCUCUAGCUCUUCUUCAGAUGCUAGAGAUCACAAAUCAAAGGAAGAGCAAAGGAGCUGCCGCCUGCACCGUCUCUGAAACAAACCACGAGGGAGCACAACUCGAGGCGUGCCUCAGUGUGUGCUUUCUCCACUGGUUAAAGGAUACGUGAGGGCCUGCUCCUGCCUCCAGCGUGGCAGGAAAUUAAGCUAAAAAUUGUGAAUUUUGUUACUUUUUGGUAACAUUAAGUGCCAAGUGAAACUUUAGUUCUCUGGAGGAUAGGAAAAGGGCUUCCAGAGGAGAAGGCCCACAUACCUUUUACCAGUGAUGAAUUCUAGCAACAGGACGUAACUAAGAUGUGACACUGGCUAUUCUGGGGUAGAAACAGUACUAUAGAGUGAUGCGAUGUCUUUGGAGCUCACUUAAUGCUUUGACCUCUUGCUGCUUUGUUUGCAGUGAACCUGAAGCUCUUUUAAUGUGAAUUUUUUAAAUGAGAAAUUUAAUUUGUUUUCUUCCUAGUCCCAACUUCCUAGUACCAUGUCUUGGUCACAGUGAAUUUGGGAGCAGCAAAAGGAAAAAUCAUUUUAGACAGAUGACAGUGAAAAUUUGCAGCCAAGAGCUGUGACUAUGAAUGCUGCAGCAGGGGAAAUAACCGGCAUAAAAAGGAUCGCUAUUUUUGUGAAUUUUAUUACGGUGAAGCUCUUCUGGCACUGUGUACCUUCUGCCCGAGAGGCAAAGCACAGCUGAAUGGGCGCUACGCCCUGCUGCCCAUGCUAGAAAUCCCAGGGCACGUGUGUGAGCGUGUGCUCUUGCUUCUCAGGCUCUGAAGGAGACUCGUAUUUUUAAACUUCUCCUUUUACUUGCUGAUCAUGUUUACAUUGGCAUGGCGGAAUUGGGUGUCUUCACUGAUAUGUAAACAUCGCUGGCCAGCUUAUAUAAAAUUUAGCAUGCUGCUGCUUCGUUGACUGCGCUGGUGAGAACCGCACAGCCGGUGCUGGGUUGUCGUGACUUGGGGCUUGCCGGGUGCAGAGGUGGGUAGCGCGCCGUGUUUUAGGCAUCCAGCCCGCAGUGUGCUGGUGGGUGGGAUGCCUGUGAGGUCCCGGGAGGAGCCUGGGUGAUGCCCGUCUCCAUCAGGGACAAGCCGUGUGAACACAACCCCGAACCAACCCUUACCGGCAGGCAGUAUGGUCUUUCCUAAUGAAUUGUUUUAGUUUGUUUUGUUUUAAGUGACUUUUAACUAACUCAUACCUGCCCUUUUGCCUGGAGGCAUGCCACAUGGCCGGGGCUCUCGGGUAGCUAGCUGGGUGCUUUCUGGGGGCUUGGUCUUUUGGGGCUCUUGGGGAAGCUGAGGUUGAAUCCCAAGGAUGUGGCUGGGCAGUGUAGCCAGCCCUGUGGCUUUGCUGAGGUCCUUGUUUGUUUAUUACCAGCUGACAUUUGUGUGGGCUGCCAAGGGAAGGCACUGCCUGUGUCUAGCCUCCCAGGACACACGUCCCAUCUGUGUUUUUGCUGAACUUGUUUGGUUUCCAAACCAGCUCGCCUUUUGUACCUGCAACAUUUUGUAAGACCAGUUAUCCUCCAUGAACCCCGUGUCCUCUGUGCUGAAACAACCCUCAACAGGGCACUGAGUUGAUCAUGAAAAUUAAUUUCUCUCUAUAUACUAACUACUCCAGAGUAGUCUGUUGACAGCUGAUGGCGAGAGGUGUUUUACAGGAGCUACUUACAGAGAUUACUCUAAAUUUUAGCCCAUGUUAAUUCGGGGAAUAAAGCUGUGCAUUUUAGGAAA